AGUGCCGAGGCCCGCGGCGGGGCGCCCUGGUCGGCGGAGUCCGGUCUUUGUUCCGGUGGCCGAGGGGGGCCGCCGUGGCGCUUGCGUCCGUGCGCGCGUCAGGGAGUCCAGCCCCAGAGAGGACUGUCCUCACGCAACCAGAAUGGCCGCAACCCCGAAACCCGAAGAACAGGAAGGACUCGUGACGAUCAAGCCCGAAGACCACGCCUGGGCACGGGACACGAUCACCGCGAACUCCAGCCCUCACAGGAGGGAGCUCUUCAGGCAGCACUUCAGGAAGCUGUGUUAUCAGGACGCUCCCGGACCCCGCGAAGCCCUCUCCCAGCUCUGGGAGCUCUGCCGCCAGUGGCUGAGGCCGGAAUACCACACCAAGGAGCAGAUUUUAGACCUGCUGGUGUUGGAGCAGUUCCUGAGCAUUCUUCCUCGGGACCUGCAAGCGUGGGUGCAGGCGCACCACCCGAGGACAGGAGAGGAGGCGGUCACCGUGCUGGAGGACCUGGAGAGGGAGCUGGAGGAACCGCGCAAGCAGGUGGGAAGGGGACACUCGGCUGUGAAAGGACACCUGAAGCUCCCAGCCACAUCAGAAAGACAGGACACGCUUUUGGACAAGUUGACCCCCUUGGGAAGGCCCCAUGAGUCACUGACUACCCAGCUCCGUCCCAAGAAGACUCAGCAGGAGCAGGAAUCCAGGGAGCCCCAAAGGAAUGGUAAUAAAACCAGAAUUAAGGAUGAAGCUCUGUCCCAGAAGGAACAUAGGCCCAAGGAUACAGAAUUCCUUGGGAAGAUAAAUGACAGACUUAACAAAGACAUUCUUCAGCAUCCUGAAUCCAAAGAUGCUACUGAAAGUGAAGGUAGAUUAGAGUGGCAACAGAAGGAAAGAAGACGCUAUGCAUGUGAUGACUGUGGGAAAAGUUUCAGUCACAGCUCAGACCUUAGUAAGCACAGGAGGACUCACACUGGAGAGAAGCCCUACAAAUGCAAUGAAUGUGGAAAAGCGUUCAUUCAACGCUCCCAUCUUAUUGGACACCACAGAGUACACACUGGAGUGAAACCCUAUAAAUGUGAAGAAUGUGGGAAAGAUUUUAGUGGGCGCACAGGUCUUAUUCAGCAUCAGAGAAUCCACACAGGUGAAAAACCCUAUGAAUGUGAUGAGUGUGGGAGGCCUUUCCGUGUAAGUUCAGCCCUGAUCAGACAUCAAAGAAUUCAUACUGCAAAUAAGCUUUACUAAGAUGGUGAAGUAACAGAAGUUCUUCAGCUACUCAGGUCUCCUUAGUUAUCAAAGAAUAUGCCUUAGGAACUGUGAGUAUCCUGAAUGUAGGCAAUGAUCCUCAGUCAUUAAACAUUUCUCUGGCACCAGAGAAUAUACCUGAGGAAAUUUCCUUUUAUUUCUAAAUUAGUUCAGUUUCUUAAGAAGCAUUAAGGGUUAUUUUGGAAAUGUCUAUUGACAGCCUGUUCACUUGCAGCCCAAAAUUACCAUGUUUCCUGGUUGAAAAAUAGUGAAUUCUGUUUCUCAGCUUUCCUUUUCACUUGACAUUCUGUGUAUGACGUUAGGGAAAGCAUUCACAUUUUUCUCUGCCUUCAUUUCUCCUUCUGUAGAGGACAUAGUAGAGGCCUACCAGGUAUGUUGUAUUAAGUUAAAGCUUCUUUUGACGUUAAAAACUAAAACAAGGGCAGCCCGGGUGGCUCAGCGGUUUAGCGCCGCCUUCAGUCCAGGGCCUGAUCCUGGAGUCCCCGGAUGGAGUCCCACAACGAGCUCCCUGCAUGGAGCCUGCUUCUCUCUGCCUGUGUCUCUGCCUCUCUCUCUCUCUCUCUCUCUCUCUCUGUCUCUCAUGAAUAAAUAAAUAAAAUCUUAAAAAAAAAAACAAACUAAAACAAUACUAUUUGUUUUCCAUCACUACUGAUUUAAUGACCUAAAUAUUAAUCCCCUUUUUAUCUUAAAGUAGGGGGUAUAAUCAUUUUGCAGAAUUUGUUUGCCUACACUAAAAAAGAGGAAACCAUCAGGGACACCUGGGUGGCUCAGCGGUUGAGCGACUGCCUUUGGCUCAGGGUGUGAUCCCAGAGUCCCAGGAUCAAGUCCCAUAUCGGACUCCCUGUAUGGAGCCUGCUUCUCCCUCUGCCUAUGUCUCUGCCUCUGUGUGUUUCAUGAAUAAAUAAAUGAAAUCUUUAAAAGGAGGAAACUAUCAGAAAACACAGCAGGGCAAGGAAAACGUUCAAGUGGAAAGGAAAGCCUAAGUGAUUAGUAGGAGCUGCUGGGACCGGGGAUGACAGUAAUGAGGAUAAGUCACUCUUCUGAGACUCAGGUCCCUCUAAACAGAGAGAGAUGGGGAGGGAUUGGUCCAGAACUGCAUUGUCCAGUGGAGUAGCCAGUGCCCACACAUGGCUGUAUAAAUUUAAAAUUAAAUUCACUCAAAGUGGAGAAUUCUGUUCCUUAGUGAUAUUACAGGUCCUCAGCAGCUACAUGCAGCUAGCAGCUAUUGAACUAAGCAGCACAAAUGCACAUUUUUAUCAUUGGGACAUUGCUGUCCUAAUCGAUCAACAGUAAUGCGUCUUCCAAUUUAGGUAUUGUGUAAUUCUGAGUUCAGGAAGGUAGUAAAAGAGACACAUGAAGAGACUGUAGUAGCAACAGGAGAUAAAAUAUAAACACUCUAAAAAAGGUAUUUAGUAAUAACUUUAUAGCACUUUUUUAAUUUUAAAAAAAGUGUAUUGUAAUUGGAUGAUUGAAGAUUAUUAAAGUAAAUACAAUAACCUAAUCUAAAUUGAAAGCUUUAGGGGAUCUCUGAGUGGCUCAGCGGUUUGGCGCCUGCCUUUGGCCGAGGGCGUGACUCUGGAGUCCCAGCGUGGAGUUCCAUGUCAGGCCUCUUGCAUGGAGCCUGCUUCCCCCUCUGCCUGUGUGUGUCUCUGCCUCUCUCUCUCUCUCUCUCUCUCAUGAAUAAAUAAAUAAAUAAAAUCUUUUUAAAAAA